AACCCGGCGGCAGGCAGCGCGCCCACGUCCGGGUCGCUCGUGCCGGUGCCAAGUCAAUGAACGCCCGCGGCGGCGGCGACGGCUGCGGCCCCGACUUCACCGCAAUCAGCGGCGGCAGUACCAGGACGUUUUAAUGCCCGACAUCAGGUGGGCCAUCAGCUUGACUCGCUCACAGACCUACUCGCUCACUCAAACCCAUUGACUCAGGAUCUCACUCACCUACCUACCCACCUACACACCUAUCCACCCACCCACCUACCCACCUUACCGAUUCACCCAAAUCAUCUAACCACUCGUCAACCCACAAUCCACCCAUGGAGGCGGCCGUAUACGCGCACGGCGUGGAGGUGGCGGCGAGGCUCCAGGCGGCCGUGCGGGGCCCCACGGGAGCCGCUGUGGAGGCCGAGGAGGGAGCCGGGCCCCUGGUGCGUCUCCUGCUGCUGGCGAGCGACCUCGGGGACCCACGAACUGCGCACCUGCUGCUCAUGCCGCUUGCACAUGGCCUCUCCCCACGCCUGGGCCGCGCCGUGCUCUGGGUGGCUCUGAUGGCAGAGUGGCUCAACCUGGUGCUCAAAUGGCUGCUGUUUGGUGAGCGGCCUUACUGGUGGGUCCUUCAGUCUGGUUUGAACUCCACCGGCAUCUUGCAGUUGGAACAGUUCCCCAACACCUGUGAAACUGGACCAGGCAGCCCAUCAGGCCAUGUCAUGGUGUCGGCCGCAGCGUGGGUGGUGCUGGCUUCGUGGACGUCUGCCCGCCUUCGCUCCAUUACCAACAAGUGGGUGGCCUGGGCCUUGUCAUACGGGACACUGCUGGCAUUGCUGUCCGCUGUUGGGGUGUCCCGCAUCUACAUCCUCGCUCACUUCCCACACCAGGUGCUGGGCGGAACGCUCGCAGGAUUAUUUCUGGGUCAGGUCCUCGGUAGAUAUUUGCCCAAAACACAGCGGCUACUUCCCUACGUAGCUUGGUCUCUCAGCCUUUUAGGCAUUGCCUUCGCCAUGUUCUACGGAAUGCAGUUCCUGGGAUUCAACAUGAACUGGUCGGUGCAGCUGGCGGAGCGGUGGUGCAUGCGGCGCGAGUGGGUACGGCUCGACACCACGCCGCUCGCCUCUCUCAUGCGUGACUCGGGUGCGUGCCUGGGCCUGGGCCUGGCGGCGUGGCCCGGCGCCGUCCCCGCCCCCGGCUCGUGCCGCAGCCGUCUCGCCUGCGCCGCGGCCUCGCUGGGCAUCUUGCACGCGGCCGAGUGGGUCCGGCUGCCGGGCGCCUCGCCCGCCAUCUUCUACCUGCUGUGCUUUGCGAAGAGCACGCUGGUGCCUAUAAUCGCGAUGCUGGCCGUGCCGCUUGCCGUGCGUUUCGCUUCUGGGAGCGGGAAGGCCCUCAAGCGUAACUAGGAUGCAAGCCUAUUGGCCUUUGACAAAUCACAUCAUGCAACUUUUUACCACCGAUAUAACAUGUAUUAUUGCAAGGCAGGCUGACUGCUCCUUAUGCCCUGCACUGGUCGUAACUACCGUAUUUUCCCGCAUAUAGCCCUCAUACACAUAUAACCCGCAGACGCAUAUAACCCGCAGACGCAUAUACCCCGCAAAAAUAACGUUUUAUGUAAAACAAAAUUUAGAUAGCCCGCACCUCCAUAUACCCCGCAUGCAUUCAUAUAUUUAACGUCGUUACCGCAGCUUAACUCCAUCAUAUUAAUUUGUAAUACAUUCCACUAUCAAUUGUUAAAAUUUUAAUCAUAACGUGCACAAAGAAAACAAACCAACCGGAAACGAGUGAACUUAAAACAGUAAAUAAGUAACAAAAGUAAAUAUCCAAUAAAUAAGUAACACGUAACUUGGUAGAUACGUAAGUACAGUUUUAGCACUGGUAGAUUGCGCACUGCGCAGACAAUAGCGGCACUACGGUAACGCCGUUGCCUCGCCCCCACCCCCACCUCUCCUCCCAGCUCUCCCGUCGCCAGUAAACAAUGCGCGCGCACUUCAAACAUUGUCGUUUAAUUGUACAAACAAUUUAAAACGUGAUAACAUGUGCAAUUUUAGUGUGAGUGGUUUAUUCAGCAGUGCUUUAGUCAAAGGUAAGUGUUGCAUAGUGGAUAUUCCUACCAUGAAACAAUUUAACGAGUUAUGACAUGUCACACGUGUAAAAUAUUUUUGGGAUAGCCUGCACCUCCAUAUACCCCACAGUGUCUUGUUUUGUUUGUAAAAAGUGGUCUACCCCGCGGGUUAUAUGGCAGAAAAUACGGUAAUUGCAUCUUAUUUUUAUCUUCUCUGUCUCUUCUCAGCGAAUUUCCAAACCAUUUACAUCUUGCCUACUUCACCUUCAGAAUAUUUGUAACCCCUGCUAAGACUCUAAAUUCUUAACUCCUCAUUUCCCUUGAGGUAUUCCCAACUUCAAUCUCAGCAUCCUCAUCUCUGCCCUUUCAAGCCCUCAUCUUUCUUAUGCCAUCCUCGGUGCCCACAUCUCUGCACCAUAAUAACAACACUGGACCUUUAUAUCAUGAUGAACUUGAAAUAUAAUAUUUAAAAGUGUAAACCGAUUGCAGCUUGAAUAAUUGCUGUGCACUUUAUAAGUGUUGUUUUGAUGUACAUCACAUUUAACAAAUUGUACCUUUUAUUACAUUCAUCGUGAAUUUGAAAAAUAUACAUUUGCUUUUAGGUGAUCAAACAAUUUGACAAUCAUAUAUUAAAAGUUAAUGCAGAUGA